AAGAGAUAGGUAGAAUUUGGAAGUAGAAGAAGCAGUGACCAAAUUUUGAGAGAACAGAGAAAAGAGAGAGAGAAAUUCCAAGUUUGAGAGAAUUGAAGAUCGAAGAAGACGAUGCCUUGCCUUAACCUCUCCACUAACGUCACCCUCGAAGGCGUAGACACCUCCUCUAUUCUCUCCGAAGCUACCUCCGCCGUCGCCAAGCUCAUUGGCAAGCCUGAAUCCUAUGUGAUGAUUGUGCUGAAGGGCUCAAUUCCAAUCUCAUUUGGUGGGAAAGAAGACCCUGCAGCAUAUGGUGAGUUGGUCUCAAUUGGUGGCCUUAACCCUGAUGUGAACAAGAAGCUGAGUGCUGCAGUCGCUGAGAUUCUUGAGACCAAGUUGUCUGUACCCAAAAACCGAUUCUUCCUCAAAUUCUAUGACACCAAGGGUUCCAACUUUGGAUGGAAUGGAAGUACCUUCUAAAAUCAUAUGUCGAAAUCAAUAGUUUUAGGUGAAUCCUCAUGGAGAUUACGUAUAUCGAAUUGGUCACUUCACCUUCCUAAGACUGGUAAUUAAGACAAUUAUAUAUAGUAUUUCUGUAUUCGCUUAGAUGUGGCUGAACAAACUUGUAUGCUUCUAUGGUAAUGGUAUGUGUUGUUGGGAAAA